AAAAACAUUACAUACGAUUGAAUUAAUCAAUAUUUUUAUUUAACUCAUUCAAAAAUUUAUACUAUUGAAUUUUAAUUUAAAAUUGUCAUUCCGUGAGAUACUAAUUUGAUUUAAUAGUAUGUCGUACAAAAGCCAUCGACCUCGAGCAAGUCCAAGCGUCGGUCGGGCCAAAAUGGAGCACGGCAACACCGCCAUCUUGCGCCCUUAGUGUCAACUUCAGAUGAAUUUCAUCAAAUAAUAUUGUGGUGCGGUGCGACAAGAGCAAGUUAAGAAUACUAUUUAGUGUUUGUACGUACUUUUAUGAUUUUGUGUAAAGAUGCGGCUCGUAAACAUUUAAUAACUACAUUUAGAAGCAUUCAUGAUGUCUGACGUAAAGCAAGUGAAAGUUGACAACUGGGGAAUAUAUUUCCUCCAAAGAUUGAAGCAUUUUUUCAAUCGAACAGACUACUGCGAUCUGACUCUUCAAUUUCAAGACAAUGCCCAACUUAAGGUCCACAGACUGGUACUUAAUGCCUGUACUGAAUAUUUUGAACUUUUGGAAAGAACAUGUGAAAUGUAUGAGGAUUGUUUGGUGAUGCCAGAUGACUUACAAGCAGAUGUUGUGGUUCCAAUUAUCAACUUUAUGUACACUGGUCAACUAGAAUUUAAAAUAGAUUCCCUUGAGAAGCUUUACCAAACAUCUUUAGUGAUGAACAUGCCAGUGUUGACUAAACUUCUUGAGGCUCACCGAAACAUGCAGGUAAAAUUUACUCCCGCACAAAAUUACACUGGAAUUAAAAGGAGUUCAAAGUCUAGUGAUAUAAUAAAAACAUCAAAAUAUUCAAAUAAUCUUCCUAGUGUUGGUAAGAGGUCCUUUUCUAAAGCUUUUGAGAAUUACAAAUCCUAUCAAAAAGCUCCAGAAAGCAACAAGUCAAUUGUGAACAAUAAGACUAGUGAAAGUGUUAAAAGCAAAUUACAAAAUAGUAGCAAAAUAAUUUACAGAGAAAAGAAAUAUAGUGUACCAAAAAAUAAAUCGGCGGGAUCCAGUAGUAAUAGUAACGGUGCACGUGCACCAUCCCCAAUCCCGUUAGAUACAGAGUUGUAUUCAAAAAAGUUUGUAUUGGGUGAUCCUCGACCAACAAGAUAUGAAUUGCCAGAAGAAUUAGAUACAGAUAAUAUAUUUGAAAAUUCAUUUUCAAAAUUAUCUUAUACUUCAGCACCCUUAAUGGUCCAUCCCGAAACUAGUAAACAAUAUUCUAAAAGAUCACAUUUUUUCACUGAAGCCUCUGGAUCAAAGAAGGGCAUGAAAUCAACAACAGUUGAUAUUGUAGAAUGUAAAAAAAUCUCUAAAAAUGAUAAUCUAUUUGAAGAUGAUACUUCCCAUGCUGGCCCAGAUGAUGAAAUGUUUCAGUCUGCUUACUUAAGUGUUAGAGAAGAAAACAACACAGACUCCAAUCAAUUAUUUGAUCAAAUUUUAGAUGAAGGUCCUAAAGUCACAAUUGAAGGGAAAGAUAAACAAACAAGUAACUUGGAUCAUGCAAAAAUUAUAAGUGAAGUUCUAAAGAAAUAUCCACACUUAGUCAAGGGUAAUAAAAAUAUUAAACUGAAAAUAUUAAACACCUCGACAAAAAAGAAGCCUGUAGAAGAAAAAAUUGAAGUAAAACCUAAAACUGAAGUUGGUUAUACAUAUGAAACUGAUGUUUUAGAUUCAAAAGAAGCAGCCAAGUUGAUUGCCAUGGGGGCAGCAAAUAUCAGAGGUCCAUGGAUAUGUCUUAUUUGCGGUACACCUGGUAGAGCUCUUAAUUUUUCUACAUACUACAACUUCAGACGACACUUAGUCGAAGUGCAUAAUGAAAAACCAGUGUCCAGUAUUUGUGAAUACUGUGGACUAAGAUCAACCAAACGAAAUUACUUACUUCAUCACAUUUAUACCAGACAUGGAGUGCCACCACCUCCACACUAUAAUUUCCCUAAAUGUAAUGUGUGUGACUACAUAGCUCUCACUGAAGCUUUCCUCAUCAAGCACAAAUUAACUCAUUCUGAUGGUAGAACAAUCCGUUGUGUUGUUUGUUCAGCUGGAUUCAGCUCAUCUCAACAGUUACUAAAUCAUGUGCAAAAAACAGGUCACCAAUAUCAUAAAGAUAAAAAACCUAAUCUACAAUGUGUUUAUUGCAUGAAAGUGUUCUUGCGAGAAAGUAACUAUUAUGUACAUCUAAAAACAAGUCACCGAGAAGUGGCUUUAAGAGAUGGCGUUAUAGAAGAUUCAGAUGAAGAAAGACAAAUUGAAGUAAAACCUAAAAUAACUCAUGAGAUGAAAACUAACAUUAAAUAUGAACAAUCAUUGGACAAUGAAUAUGAAGAUAAUGAUAUGCAAUACCAAUUACAGCAAAAAUCAGACAUGAACAGUCCUCCAAAAAAAUCGCGUUUAUCUACACCAAAUAUGAAACACAAAAUUCUCAAUCCUGGAUUUAGUACUCUUUCCCCUAAACCAGCUAUGAAACCAAAAGUUACCAAUACUCAAAAUGAAUAUGGUCAAGAUAUAAAUAGUCCUUCUCCACAAGCUAAUGAAGAAGAUAUUGUUCUUAUUGAUGGUAAAGAAUACAUAAUGAAAGAAAAUCAACUCAUUCCUAAGAAAACUUCUGAGAAUACAGAAUAUAUAUUGAGUGAAUUAGUUGAUAAUGGCGUUCAUUCAAAAUUACCAAGUAUGGAAGCAAGCAUUACGCCUAAUACAGUACCCAUAGAAUUUGCAAAUUUAGAUAACACAGAUGCAACAAUACAGCAAUCUAAAAUGAUUAUGAAAAAAGCUACAAAUAUAAAUCAACCAAUACAAAUUGUAGUAUCAAAUGAAGAAGAAUAUAAAGCCUUAAUGUCUUCAAAUCACUCAAUUAUAUUUGAUGAUGGUGAUACAAAUAAAACAUUAACUGUUUUGACAGCUCCACAUACAAACUCAAUGGACAAUACUGCCAUAGAAUUACAAAACACACAACCUGGUGAUAUGAUGAUCAUUCAGCAAGAUUAUCCUUUGAAUGUUACUGAAACUGCAGUUUCAGCUGAUUCUAAAUAUGUGGUUGUCUACAGCCAUUCAGUUGAACAAGAAGAUCCUGCCAAGCAAUACCAAAUUAUUACACCUGAAGAAAUUGGUGCACAGUUUGUACAGGCAUCUGAAGUAAUGACUCAAAAUUAUGAAACUGUCACAACUACUACAUCUGUUUUAGAUAGUCAUGUCAUUGAAGCACAAAUGGAAGAAUCAUGGUCACAGCACACCACUAAUGAUCAAGUUGAAGUGCACGUUGACACUACUAAUAAAAUUGAUGAAGGUGUCCAAAACAAUCAAAGCAUUGAACAAACUGUAACUGUCCCUGAUGCUUGUAUAGAAGAACUACCAGACAUUCGGCUGUCAAAUACAACUCAAUCAGUACAAGAUAACUCAGUAACUAUAGAACCAUUGUCACAUAACAUCAUUGCAUCCAAUUCUGUUAAUAUUGAUGAUACGCAACAUAAUACUAAUCAAGUUGUAAUUGAAGAAAUCCAAAAUAAUACAAACGAACCUAUGGAUGUUGACAUCUCAACCGAAGUUAUAUCAGAUAGGGAAGUAAACACUCAGGAAUCAGAAGUGGCUCAAGUUGAACCUGAACCAAUACCUCAAACAUCUAAUGCUUCUCAAGAAGACUAUUCCCUAGUUCAAAAUUCAACAGUUUUAAUCAACUCCCAUGAUACUCAGGAGAUCAUAGAAGAUUCAGAAGAAAUUAAUGAAAGUACGGAACAAGAAGCUACAAACAACACUCAAGAAGUUCAAACAGAACUACUUUCUAAUGCAGUAGAAGUUGAUAACACUACUAAUGAAACUAUAACUGAGCCAAAAGUUGCAGAAGAAAUUCAAAAUAUAACUUCAGAGUGGUCAGAAGAUGAGUAUGAUGUGGUUUCUCAAGAUCCAAUAGAAGAGAGUAACAUCCCCGCAGCAGAAUCUGAACCUCAAAUCACUCAGGAAUCAGAAGUUGAAGAAUCUAUUGAAAACAUUCAACAAGAGAUGCAAAAGCAACUAACACACAUAGAAGAAGAAACUCCUGUACCUGAAGAAAGCAUUAACUCCACUGAAAUAUGUUUGGAAAAUACUAAAGAUACAACUCUUGAAAAUGAAGAACCAAUGUGCACCAAUCAAGUAAAAAUAACAUCUCUUUUAAAUGAUUGGGAAGACAAUGAUUCACAGGAAGAAAAUGUGUCUACUAUUGAAAGUGAAGUACAGGCAUCAGUUGUCCAAGAUGGGGACAAACAGCCAGUCACCAUUCAAAUUCAGACAAAUAAAGACGAAUCAGAUAAUGACACUGUAAUUAAUAAUAAGUGUGAAGUAAAUGAAACUGAUAAAAAUGAAUCAAUGAAGGAUGAUAACAUAAAAAGCUUAGUCAGUGAUUGGGAUGAUGAAGAAGAGGAAGUCAAGGAAUAAAUUUAAUAUUUAGUUAACAUUUGCUUUGUGUUUAAGUUACUAGUGUAGAUAUUUUUUUUUUUAAAGAAUUUGUAAUCAUGCCAACUUAUUACUUUAUACAGGUAAGUAUAGUGUGUACUGUACAUUAUGUAGUCUUGAAGUAUUAUAAUAGUUACAAGUGGCCCUUCUUCAUAUAUGUAUCAUGUAUGUAUAAUGAAUUAUUUUAUUAUUUAAGUGAAUUUCUGCAAAGCUUUUCUCAGCCUUGAAAAUAUUUUAAUCCAAACUAAAAUCUUCUUUUCUCAUAAUUUUUUGUAUUAUACCAGUCUGAAUUUUCAGAAUUUCAAGAAUAAUGGUGAAUGUUUUUUAUGUAUCCUUUAGCUAUGUAAAUGUUUAUCACAAUAAUUAUUAUUUACACUGUGUGUGUAAUAACUUAGUAAUAGUACAUAAUUGUGUAUAUAGUAAUAAGUUUCCAUUGAUCCCAUCUCAAAAAUAAUGAAGUUAGAACAUGUUAAAAUAAGGUGUAAUUACACUUAUUGUAUGUUAGUUAUUAUAUAUAUCAUUGUGAAUGAUUGUUUUAUUUCUCUUCAUUCUAACAUUACUUUCUGGAUUCACUAUAAUAUAGUGAUAUAAACACUAUAUACAUAUAUCCUCAAUUUAAUGAAGGUGCUAUAAACGACACUUGUCAACAACAAAACCAAUCUCGAUAAUUCUGCUGGAAGUGUUGUCUACAAUAAAUAUAACACACACACAUCAGGAUUAUUUUGUUUAAUUCAGAAUAUUGUAAAAUAAAGGAAAUAAUAAAAACAGCAUGUAUUAUGAAAAUAAGUUUACUGCACAUAAAUUAUCCAAAUAUAUUGAUAAAAUCUACAACUUUGUUUUUAACACAUUGUGCAGUUUGUAAAAACAGUGCAAUUUGAAUUAAAUUUACCUAUUAUAUUUUUUCUUCAAUUAGAAGGUAACGUAAAUGACAUAGCUUUUAUGAUCUGUUAAACUUAUAACUAUAUUCAUGUUAUUACAUCAUAGUGUGCAGGUCCCACUUACGUAGAUUUCUUAUGCCAUUCUCUUGCUAAAGACAGGAUUUAAAUGCAAGAAUAGAAUCAAUUAAGAAAUACCAUAUAUUAAGUUAUCAUGAAAUUACCAGGUCUUCUAAUUCUUUCCAACAUAAAUUAAGGCUAUUUUAGAUUUACAAAUAGUAAUUAAGAUGUUGAUAAUAGAUAACAAUCAUAAAUAAAAACAGGGUUGCAAUUGUUUAUCAAGACAAAAGGAUGUUCAAAAUAUUUCACCUCCUAAAUAAAAGCAACUACAUACAACUUUCAUUUACUUCACUUCUUCCAUCAGCUCAAUGCAGGUACCCCAUAUAUAAUGAAAUAACAGUACAUUUGUAUGGCAAACGCUUUUAGUUUAUUCACAGCUUAUGUAUAUAAAUAUUUCAAUGGGAUUAUUUUUUGGAAAACAGUGUUAUUUAAGCAACAACUAUAAUAAAGAAACUAGACACCGUUAACACAACAAUGAAUUAAUUAUUUUAUGAUACUAGAUUGAAAUAAUAACAUAUCUUAAAAAUCCUACAUAUUUUGCAAGCCGGCUCAUAUAAUUGCCUAAAAUAGUUGCCAAUACAUAUAAUGUAAUCAAAACAGAACACUUAGUUUGAUAAAAUAAUUAACACAUGAUUCUGUAGGUAAGUACCACAUGAAAAAAAAUCACUGAGCUGAGCAAAGUAAUGAAUUGAACUAAAACUACUAAUAAUUCAGAGUAAAUAUUUUUAUUAUUCCAUCUUUCAUUCAAAAAAUUUACAAUGCUAGCAAAGGCAAGACUGAAACACACCAGUAUUAUCUCAAUGGUGUCAUCAGGUGCUUAUCAAUGCACAUAACAUUAACCAUAAACCUAGGCACUCUCAGAAGUCCGCAUGUUACAUGCAAUUACAAACAGAACCUGGAAAAGCAAUUUUAUUUAUCACAUAACUAAACCUUGGGUAUGAUCCAGGUUUCAUAAAACUAUCUGUCAACUAUUGGAAUAAAUAUUUACAAAAUAAUAUACAUUAUUUACACAAAAAAGACCUUUAUAAUUAUAUAUCUAGUCAUUAGAUAUGGAAACUAAAACAUAUUUUACCAUGUAUGCAAGAAACACAAAGCCCACUACCACAAACAAAUUAGUCAUAAUAUAAUACAUAUUAGACUGCUGCUCCAUUGUCACUUCACUUUCACUAUUGAUGUUGGUGUUAUCUGAAUGCAACAUAGCUUCUUGGCGCUGUUUCAGCUGCUGCUCAAUCUCCUCAACAUAUUCAGGAAACAACUCACAGAACAUCUUGUUUUUCAAGUUGAUUUCCAAAGAUUCUACUGCCAAGCAACGCUUUUGAUAAUCAGAAGUUUCAAUGGACCCUAAUGUUGGCGUUUUCUCAAGCAUAAAGCUCAAUAAACCAGUAAGGAUAGUGGAUAUAGACCAUGCUGGGUUCCAGGUGUCCGGAUGAAAAUCAGUAAUACUAAGGCACAAUCGAGUAUUGGUCCUGAAUCGUCCAUUCGGAGUAAUCAUAUAAAUAGAGGGAGGUUUAAACGGAAAUUCCCUAGGAAAUAUUAUUUUACCAUGGUAAUAUCCACCCUCGUAAGGACUUUUCUCUGGACCUUUGACGACGUAAUGCCAUUCUAGUAUAUUUGAAGGUACAGGUUCCGCAGUUACGUAUGGAACAGGGUCAUUCUUUAGUCUAAGAUAGUCCUGCUUUAGUCUGCUAGUAGCUCCAGUCACUUUAGUUUUGGCCAUUGUUUAACAAACACUAUCUAAAAUUUGCGUUAAUAAAGCGAUGAUGUGCUGAACGUAAUCAAUUGUAAGAUAAACGAUACAUUGGAAAUACUACAGUAUGUUUUUAUACCACGCUGCUGGAGUAAUUAAAGUCAGGUAGUGGUAGGUAAUUAAUUUGCAGAGUAAAACGUACGCCACAGCAGCACAGAAUAUUUCCACAGCUGUGACAGUCUGUCAAUGUCAAUUGUCACUCAACACAAGAAAGCAAACAUAGAGAAGACUAAGAAAACUUAAUUGAUACAGCCUUGUGUCCAUCAUAAUAUUUUAAUGUUUACAGAACCGGUCACCAUGGCGUGGAGGGUGGCACUCUUCUUGGAGUGAUUACAUACAAAUGUUACAAAUGAACUAACCAUACUUGGCCACACACAUAUGCCAAAUUGCCAAUCCAUAGCAAAUACCAUACCACCAAUAUUUGCUAUUUUUUAAGUUGACAGCAGUCUGUCCUUAUCGUGCUUGGACAGACUGAUUUCAAGUUUAUAAAUAGCAAACACGAUUAGCAAAAUGAAACGCCAGCAUAAGAAAUAUAAGAAGAAAUUCGACACAGCCAUUAAGAUCGCUGCAGCCCAGUCUGCUCGGACAGCGGAGGGUCUUUACAUAAUCAAUGGCAAAGGGUGCGUGUUUGAGUCCCGUGUGCUACCUGGACCGCAUGAAAUAUUUUCUACUAAAAUUUUCUUUAGACUUCUGUAAAGACGUAUCUCUUGUGGGUAAUUCCUUUACACACUUCAUACUUAUCUUACAGGUACCUUAUACACUCACUCACGUGUGUAGUUCGUAUGACAAAACAAGCUCGGGUAUCCGAACUAUCAAACAUACAUACCUGGACCAGAAACUGGGUACGCCCUUGUUGAUCAUGAUUUUAAUUACGUUAAAUUAUCAGUCUGUCUAAUGUAUCGUGAUUCGUGACUUGACCCUAGCG